CUUGGUGGGGAACAAAACUCCCUAAAUUUUUCUUGUUUGUUGGUCGGAUGUCAGUUACAAAUCAAAAUAAUGGAAGAAUUUCCGAAAUUAGUGAAUUCGCACGAUGAUUCCGUCAUUACAAUCAACAAUUCAUCCUUCUCAAUCGGGCGAAGCCUCAGCUGUGAUCACAUCAUUGAGUCCCUCGGUGUUUCCCGAUUUCACUGCUUCAUUAAGAAGAACGGCGACCGGUGGACGCUCUUCGACCGGAGCACGAAUGGAACAAUCGUCAACUCCACACUGUACAAAUUCAACCAAAGCACCGAACUGAAGGACGGGGACGUGAUCAAGUUAGGACCCGACAAUUUAGACUUCGUCUUCACUUGUUUUAACCCGCCCAAAAGUAGUGAAUCUCACGCCACGCCUUUAAACGAGCAAGAUUUCAACGCAAUUGAGCGAGAGUUGGAGGUGAUAGACGAGGCGCUUUUGCAGGAGUUGGAGGAGCCCUUUGCUGCCGAGGGCGCGCCUCCGGAGGCCAAGCCCCAGCCGGAGCCCAACUCGGAGGAUGUAGACACAGAGCUCACUUGUAGCAUCUGCUCCGAGCUGUUCAUCAAGGCUGUUACACUGAACUGUUCGCACACGUUUUGCAAGUUUUGCAUCGAUAGGUGGAUGAAGAACAAGUCGAAUUGUCCCAUUUGCCGCAAAUCUAUCACAAAUAUCGCGCCGACUCUAGUCCUUGAUAAUUUUAUCGAGAAGUUUAUUAAAACGCAAAGUGAUGACGUGAAAGAGACGCGGAAAAAUCUAAUCCAGCAGAGGGAGGAGAUGGUUGUUAAUAUGGCGAGUAGUUCGACUAGGUCUCCAGAGGUGGUGGACGUGGAGCCAGGGCGUGUGAUUGAGAUUUAUUCCGAUGAUGAGGAUUAUCUGGAUGUGGAAGAUGAGGAUAGCGAUUACAAUUAUUUAAGUGAUGACCAUGACUAUGAUGUGUAUGAUUGUUACCCGGAUAGGCCCAGGGGGAGGUAUUAUGGGGGCUAUGGGAGGUGCUUUAUUUGCAACCAGGCCGGGCAUUGGGCCAACAGUUGCCCCUUCAAGAGGCUAUGAAAUGUGUAAUUUUGGUAGUUGUCUAAUUAAAUCAUAAAAUGUUUGUUUUUUUUCUAUUAUCUUGCUAAAUACAAUUAUGUUUUUUUGUA